GGUCAUCUCACACGCCGCGGUGGCGCUGCUCGACCUGUGUGCGUGAACGAGCAGUGUCGCGGCUCGGAGGCUCGUUGGCGCGUCGGAGCCGUGGACGCCCGCGAACAGCGCCCGCGGUCGGCGCAUGGACGGUGUGUGUCGGUGUGUGCCGCUGGUGACCGUCGCGCGAAGUGUCUGUGACCGAGUGCAGCGUUUCAUAUAAUGAAUUUACAAUGUUAAUGGAUGUGUCGGAAAUCGUGGGCGACAAAAGCCAAGAGGCGAUAGCACACCUGUCAAAGAAAAUGGGAGACUGUUGCAAAUACGAAGACAUACCGAAAGAAAACGGAUCACCCGAAGAGGGCGGUGACAUGGUGGCCGACGUGGGCGGAACGGUGGAGAGGGGCGUGCCCAGCCAAGGGGGCGUGUCCGAGGGGGCACAGGGGGCGGGCGAAGGGGGCGAACGCUCCGCCCCGCAGCCCCCGAACAGCCUCCCCGACGGCGGAGGAUUCAAAAAGAUCUACAUAGGGAAGCUUAUCAACCCGAAGCAGGACGACGGUGUGUUGGAGGAGGGAGAAGGAGCCGGCGCCAUCAACCUGUCCGCUCGACCGUCUCGCCAGCCGUCGCCGCUUGACACUGAACAGGGCGCCACCAGGAAGGCCAUCGAGGAAGGCUCAAGUCCCGACCUAGGAGCGAGGAUCUUGGAAGGGCGUGACACUCCUGCAGGACGCGUGUCGCCGCCCCACCUGCACAACCCGCCCACUACGCCCGCAGGACCGCCGCCGCCGCCGCCCACGUCCGCCCAGGGUCUCCACAACCUGAUCAUGGCCCCCGCACUCCAACAGAUGUCGCACCUGCUUCACCAACAGCUGAUCAGCCCUGCGCAGAUCCAGUCGCUCAUGCACCACCAGAGCGUUCUUCUCCACCAGCAGCAGCAGCAACAGCAGCUGGCUGAGUUGGGUCGCAAACAGCUGGAGCAGAUCCUGCAGCAGCUACAAGAGCAGCUGCAGGUCAACCUCAUCCAGCAGACGCAGCUCAUGCAGACCGCAGACAAGAGCAAGGCGUCCGGCCCCUUGGCUCAGCUGGGCGCUCAGCAGCAGCAGUUAGUGCAGCAGCUACAGGCGGUGCAGCGGCAGUACUUGCUGCAGUCGGGCCUUCAUCCAGGUCUUCAUCACCACAAUGGAGAAACUCGUUCACCCCCCGGCAGCGGAAGCGAGGGGGGAGGAGCCUGGAAGGAACGAGGAGAGCGCUCAGAAACCCCAUCACCUCAUCACCACAACAACAACAACAAUAACAAUAAUAACAACAACAACGACCGUGACCAGAAGCCGAUGCCACCGCCCGCUGCGAAUGGUCGCGAGAUGAACGGCGUGGGCAGCGAAGACGAAGACCCAAGCGCCCGUCGUGGCCACCCUCUGUAUGGCCACGGGGUGUGCAAAUGGCCAGGGUGCGAGGCCAUCUGCGAAGACAUUCACGCUUUCCACAAGCACCUCAACACAGAGCAUACCCUUGACGACCGUUCAACAGCUCAGGCCAGAGUGCAGAUGCAGGUCGUAAGCCAGCUGGAGCGUCAACUCACCAAGGAGAGAGAUAGAUUACAGGCAAUGAUGAAUCACCUCCACAUGAACAAGCAGCAGCAACAACAACAACAGCAGCAGCAACAGCAACAGCAGCCUCCGCACCUGCCAGCGCCGCGAGUUGCGUCACCAGAGCCGCCGCAGCCGCAGCCGCAGCCCAUCGUCGAACCGCCAUCGCAAUAUCCUUCUCGUUCCCAGAGUCCUGGCGGUAUCCUGCCGAAAUUGCCCCUCGGCGCUGGCCUGCUCGGAGGAGGGGCGCUGGGUGCCAACCCCCUGGGACUCCCCCACUCCCCCAUGGCGCAGAUGCCGCCCGUGUCUUUGUUUGGUGCAAUAGGAACACGCCCGCCGCCCAUGCUCCAGCCGCCCACGCCCACGAGCUGCGGGCCGCUGCGCCGACGCCUAACAGACAAAGCCGCUCUCCUUACUCCAGGUGGGACUCAAGAGUUGCAAUUUGGAGCAAGAUUUCUCACAGAUGUGUCGUGGCCGCUAGAGGACUCCCAAGUGACUAGACGCCGCCUGGCAGACCGCGCUGCUUUAGACGUUAAUGAAGAAAUACAAAGGAAUCGAGAAUUCUACAAGAGCACAGAAGUUCGCCCACCAUUUACCUAUGCAUCACUCAUAAGACAGGCAAUCAUAGAGUCGCCAGACAAGCAACUAACAUUGAAUGAGAUAUACAACUGGUUCCAAAAUACAUUUGCUUACUUCAGACGUAACGCAGCAACUUGGAAGCUAACACUGAAUGAGAUCUACGACUGGUUCCAGAGCACCUUCGCGUACUUCAGACGUAAUGCUGCUACUUGGAAGUCUGUUUAUUAUCUCUCCCUAUUUUUCUUUGUCUCUCUUAUAGGUCUUUCGUAUAUGUUAGACCGUGCAGGACUGGACAUCCAGCAAGAAAUACAAAGGAAUCGAGAAUUCUACAAGAGCACAGAAGUUCGCCCACCAUUUACCUAUGCAUCACUCAUAAGACAGGCAAUCAUAGAGUCGCCAGACAAGCAACUAACAUUGAAUGAGAUAUACAACUGGUUCCAAAAUACAUUUGCUUACUUCAGACGUAACGCAGCAACUUGGAAGAAUGCGAUCCGCACCAACCUCUCGCUGCACAAGUGCUUUGUGCGCUAUGAGGACGACUUUGGCUCGUUCUGGAUGGUAGACGACGCAGAGUUUGUGAAGCGACGCCACCUGUCCCGCGGCCGUCCCCGGAAAUACGAACCCAACACCCCACCACCACCUCACCAAACCCUCCACCCGGGGCUCCCGCCAACCCAAGGGCACCCCAUGGCCUUCCAUGCGGCAUUCCCGCCCAUGUCUGGGCCGCCCCCGCCCCCACAGGGUGUGCCCAGCAAAAGCCCAACUCUCACAGGCAGCCCAACUCUUUACGGCGAGGCCCUCAAUGCUAGCCUACAGGCUGCCUUGGCAGAUUCUAACCUGCCGCUGUUGAACACUGCCUUCAGUGUUAGCUCCAGUGUGGAGAAGAGCGGAUCCCCACCUGUAUCCUACCAUGAGGCAAUGACACGUCAUGAGGAGGAGGAAGAGCCUUCACAUAGAGAGCGUGAGCGUGAGGAGGAGCCAGAGGACUCCUACCCAUCACAGCUGGUCAAGCAGGAAAUGACUGAAGAGGAGACGCCAAUGGAAACCCAGCGAGACUGUGAAGACGAGACACACCCUGCAGCUUCUCCCGUAUCUCACUACCGUCAUUAUUCUGGGAUGGAGGAGGACCGGCCCCGCUCCCAUAGCCCAGUGCCACCCAGUCCUGUGUCCCAGCCACCACCACCACCUCCAGUGUCCCACUCAAUGCCCCAUGUGCCCACUUCACUGGGACUCCCCCCACCUCUGCAAUUACUACAUGAGGCUCACAUGAGGCAAGGACCUCCUCUAGAAGGCUAGUGAUGUAGGGUACGUGAAUGGAGUGACACAUUACCUCCCAGUGGUUAAAAACUACAUAAAAAUCACCACUUUUCCUACUGCCAUCUUCCUCAACAAGCCAGCCAGUGGAUUCUGGCAAGGAAGCAAGAUAUACAGCCAGUUAUGGAUAUCUUGCAGUUAUGUUAUCUGGUAUCUUUUAUUUAGAUGGUGUAUUAUCUCCUGUACACAAAGAAAAAAAAGCACUGGCUUGUGUACAUGAUGCAGGGAAACCUGUAGGAAAGGAAGGAAGAAUUUGUUAUUUUUGCACUGACGGAAUUAGACUUUCUAAUAGUAAUUGUUUCAUAUCAGACUAGUCUUACCUAAGGCACUGUCGUCGGUCAAGGCACAAGUGUGUAUGUUCUCGGUGAUGGACAGACAUUGUUUUGUACAGAAGGUUUUGACAAGGAUGUGAUCGCAUACUGUAGUAAAAGUGUAGAUUGAACUGGACUACAGGAAGCGCAGGCAGAGUCUUCUGGAGCCUCUAGCCUCACCUAGUGUAGAGUAGCCUAAGGCAACAGAUGGCUGGGCAGCCAACUGUGUACCAUUCCUAGAUGGGUCACCAAGAUCCAUUUGUGCUUUCCUAGCCCCUGAACCCCAUCCUUAGCCCAGUAGAUAUUGUCCAAGCAUGCGUCACAUUAAGUUCAACUGAAGACUAAACACAUUUCAAAAGUCUUGGUUGAACAAAAGUACUAGGCACUGAAUCAUAUUCAUUACUUAAAGGGACUACCAGCUAAAGUUAAAUCAUUUAUCAAGUGCCAUAUUUUGAGUCCUUUAUGAGCUAACAUGUUGUCAGUAUAAUGCAGUUAAAUUUGAUCUCAGACUUAAAAUAGCUCUUCCAUGACAAUUACUAGCACCUCCAGUCAGUAAACCCUUAAAUUUGUUUCACUCUUAUCAAACUAAAUGAAAGUUAGUAUUUUUAAAAAAUCACCUUUGUGUAGCAAGUCUACAAGAAAUGAUCUUGUGAACUUCCUUCAAAAGGCAAAGUUACAUUAUCAAUAUAAAUACAUCUUCCUGACGCAGUAGUCUUGUACCUCAAAGAAACCCACCUAUUUCCAUUAUUUACACUAUUUAUUUGUUAUUUAUAUUGUAGAGUAAGUGGGGUUAGGACAGCACAGAAAUGAGAUCCCUGGUAGUGUAGUGUUCUAGUGUAAAUUAGAUUUAAACAGCCAUCCCAAACCUAGUGAGACAUGGGAGAUGUGAUUGUGUAGUUGUCUGAAAUAUGUUUUGGGGUUCAGUUCUUGUAAAGGACUGCAGUCAGUAAGGUUCAAAAAGUGUAGUGUAACAUGUCAAUUAUGUGAGGAAUGUUUCACCUCUAAAACAGAUUUUCAGGACAUAUGACAUGGCGUCAUAGAACACUGUCAAUGGUGUUAUUUUAGAUUCUUUUAUUGGUUCUUCCUUUUUAGCUGAUUAAAUUAAGAAAUAAUGCAGGGUUUACUGUGACAUUGAAAUCUGAAUGAACCAGUGAACUGAAUUAUAAUUAUGGAAUUAUCUGUUGCCUGUCUCUAACCACAUCAUUUGCAAUGACUCAUUAUAACAGUGACUGUAACAUUAAAGUCCCAAGUGUCUAAGACAGCCAGAACAAUGUGUAUACCCUUCUCCAAAGUAAGUUCAUUGGGCUUGGUUCGUAGGAAUUGCAUAGAAUGGACCACUGUUGUAGAAGCAUUGUUAAAAAUGCUACCAUAUGAUACAUACUCAAGCCUGUGUAUUGCAUUACCACUGUAGGUUAGCCUUGCUGUGUUGGGGAGUCAGAACUAUGUUGGGUAUGCCAGUAACCAGAAAUCUCAUGUCUUCUCUUAACCAUUUCCAUACAUUCAGUUCCUAAUCCCAUCUCACUGUUACUGUAGAUUGCCAUUGUUUCAUCAAGUUCCUUUAUAUACAGUUGGUGUACUAUAUCUGUCACCUGCAGUUGGUACACCCACUGCCAAAAGAUGUUGCAGUGAACCCCCAUUAUAGUUCUGUUCCCUAUAUCGCCAUAUGUCCCUGUUGGUCGCAAGUCACACGGUAGUAGAACAGCUUCUUGUAGAACAUUCCCCCCUUGGGCAACAUCAUGCCCAGACCCCAAGCAAUAACUGUCUGACGUAUGACUGAGUGUAUUACCAUGAACAGUUCCCCCUCUCCCAUUUUGCAAUGUCCAGCUGCUGUCACUGAAUGUGGCUCUCUGUAAGGUAGUUGUUUAGAGGUGCUUUGUUUAUUUGAAGCUGCUAUAUAUACAUUGAACAUACUGUGUAAGCAGAGGUUUAUUUCACUGUGACUUGCAGAGAGCCCAAGGUGCAAGCAUGGAUGAGAAGUGAGACCCGUAACAUGCGUGUGGUAUAAAUACUACUUCAGAAAGGUUUGUUUUAAUCGACAGUGAUAAAAAGCAAAUCUUGCCGAAGAGCAAGUUUGGUCUGGAUAAAACAAAGCAUUUAUUUGCCAUGGUGAUAUCAUAAUUUUCAGAAAAAGACAUUACAGGCAACAGAUAUGAACAAAAAUGACUGUUGGCAGUAUGUUUUUGUUAAACAAGUGUAACACAAUGUCCACAUGCAUAAAGGGCCUCUUGUAUAUAAUCUCUUGAAUGAAGUGAAACGCAGUAAACAAAGUAAGGACAGAAAGUGAUUUAGUUGGAAAAAUAUUCCACACUGAAUUGCUUACUACAGACUUGACUUUGGUAAUUGCGUGACUUAAUGAGCCAGGUCAGAGAUCUGGCCUCGUACAAGUGUACAGAUUUUUAAGUUACAGGUAUUACAACCAUCCUUUUGUUCAUAUUGUAAAUUCAACAAAGGCAGUAUCUAGUUGUGUCUGCCAAGACUCACUAAUAUUAUUAUUCAGAUUUAGUCCAGAGAACUAUAGAAGAUGAAUAAAGCAUGUCCUCAACUCUAUAUUUAUAUGGCAAAAUGCUUUGUAUGCCAGACAUGUUCAUUAAUGAUGAAAAUUAGUGUGUUUUGAUAUUCAGCGCAUAAGUGAAGAAUUUCUGUCCCUAUAGUCUCAUUCCCUACUGCUUGAGCAAAAUGUAUACAAGAUCUCCAUUGUCCAUAGUAAAGUUACAUCUUCCAGUGUGUGGAAAUAGACUGAAAAGUUUUACUAUUCAGGUAAACAGGGAGGUGGCAUCUGUGAUCUAUUUACUCGGUGAAACUGAAGGAAAACUACAUGACCAAGAUGCUUGAACCUUGAGGUUUGUGUGUGUAACUAAUAUAAAGAAAUAUUGAUUUAGUGGUUUACUCCAAAGACCAUGUGAAGAUCUGAAGUGAUUUUUUUUAUUUAUUUAUUUUUUUUCGAGAGUGAACUUUCUGCAUGUGUGACAACUCAUUCAUUCAUUCCUUGGAAAAAGAUGUCUUUGUUUCAUAUGUUACCAAUUGAUUUCCAGUCUCUCUGCCAGAAAAAAGAAGUAAUGGAAAGAAAUUGAGAACAAAGUGAUGAAAAAGAGCAUUCACAGUACCACAUAUGUAACUACUGGGACCUGUAAGAAAAUAGUAAAAAACUUGCAGGGUUACUGUAUGUGCAAUGGGACAAUGUACUUUGGAAAUGGUGAUAACCUUGAAAGUGAGUUUACUUUCCUGAGUCAGUAGACUAUAUUUAUUUUCAUAAUGUCAUGAUAGAAAAGAAAAGAAAGAAAAGAAAGACAAUAGAAAUGAUCUGGAAGUUGUGAUAUUUGUGCUGACACUGAUCUGAGUAAAUACCCCAUGAUGUACUGUGACGUAUGCUUUUCACAGUUCAUAAGUCAUGACAAAUCACCCUUUACUAAAUGUGUUUUCCCAGAUUACUGAUGCAAGAAUGACCAGAAAAAAAUAUGUGAUAAGUUGUUAACCAGAUUGCUGACCUCUAUGGAGUAUCUGUCUGCAAGUGUAGUUUUUUUCAGUGAUAAGUUGAAACACUGUACACCCCACAUGUAAAGUCCCUACAGAGCAAGUAAAGUCAUUAGAGUAAUAAA